UUGAACUCAGUCGAUGUUCAGAGUUAGCUAAGCCUUUUACGGGACUGUAUGUGCUAAUUGAAUUAUUUCUCGUUUUAGUUGAUUGUUCUACUCCUUUUUUCAUGCAAACAAUUUAAAAAGUCAACGUUGUGUUUGCAGCUCUGCACUGGCAAUGGACUGGAUUGGUUUCGGCUAUGCUGCAGCCCUCAUUUUUGGUGGAUUUAUGGGAUAUAAGAGAAAAGGCAGCGUGAUGUCCCUGAUUGCUGGUUUAGUUUUUGGUGGAUUAUCUGCGUAUGGAGCCUAUAACGUCUCCAAUGAUCCAAAAGAUAUCCUGGUGCUGUUGGCCUCCUCUGGGUUGCUGGCAGUCAUCAUGGGAAUGAGAUACAAGAAAUCAGGGAAAUUAAUGCCAGCGGGGAUUAUGACGGGCUUAAGUUUGCUGAUGGUGUUUCGCCUGUUGCUUCUGACCAUAAUGUAACCGACCAAGCUGUACUGACCAGACUCAGACAACUCUUGACUCUCUACAAGCAAGUUUUCACAAAAGGAAGCCGUUCUCCCAAAUCUGUAUUUUUGUGAGUUUUUAAAAGGAAUUUAUUCAUGACCUGUACGUGAGGCUGUGAUUGUAAGCAAAAUUAUGCUAAUAAACUCUAAUUUACUUAUUGCUGUGGCAAAUAUUUCUAAACACUGCAUUUUUUUGUAUUUUAUAUUUGUUAAUAAAAUGAAAAUAAACAUCAGAAAUUUUAAA